GUUCUUGCAACUUUGUGUUGUCCUGCUUAAAGGAAGCAGGAUUUGUGCUUGAAAUUGUCUAAAAGUGCUUCAAAAUUUACUCGCCAACGACCUUUGACGCCUCCAGGGCGUUCAAACUAGAAGAAGAUUUCGUGGGAGGCUGCAUGACCAUGUCGAUGUAUUCAUCGACGGAUAAAAUGAAAAUGUCGGCGCCCAGUUGUUUUCCUGGUCGCUACAGUCCUUCCUAUCGAAGUUCCGAACAAAUGAGGCGAUGUAUGCCAAAUCCAUCGAGCCGCUUGUUAGAAGAUGCAUCCCUUCUAUGCAAUUCAUGGUCAGCACGUCAAAAUGGUGAUAUAUUUGCCGGUAUAAACGAUGGCAUACUUAGCAGAGAAGCCUUAUCCGCGAUAGAUAUAGGAAAACACCAAGCAUCACAUGUACAUCCCUCACAAAUGACCUCCCAAAUGAAACAUGACGUUAUGUAUCAUCACCACAGUAUGGGAGCGCCUCCACAACGACCACUGCAGAUGCAUCCCACAAUGGAUCAGUUAGAUAUGUUGGAUCCAACGGGCUCGAUGACAACGUUAGCACCCAUUUCAGAAACGCCAUUAACGCCUACGCACCAGCAUUUGCACGGAUCCUAUCACAGUAUGAACCAUAUGAUGGGUCAUCAUCAUCCGAGCGGUUUAAGUGGACACUCUGCGGGACAUCAUGGUCAUUCGGCAGUACAUCAUCCUGUGAUAACGGCAGCUGUUGCGGCGGCGGGCCUCCAUCCUGAUACCGAUACAGAUCCUAGAGAACUUGAAGCAUUUGCGGAGAGAUUUAAGCAACGAAGGAUAAAAUUAGGUGUCACACAAGCCGAUGUCGGUAAAGCACUAGCGAAUUUAAAGUUACCUGGAGUUGGGGCCCUCUCACAAAGUACAAUAUGUCGCUUUGAAAGUCUCACAUUGUCGCACAAUAAUAUGAUAGCCCUUAAGCCCAUCUUACAGGCUUGGUUAGAGGAGGCGGAGGCACAGGCGAAAAAUAAACGAAGAGACCCUGAUGCCCCAAGUGUACUUCCGGCGGGCGAAAAGAAAAGAAAAAGGACUUCCAUUGCGGCACCUGAAAAGCGAUCUCUGGAAGCGUACUUUGCCGUUCAACCGAGGCCGUCUGGUGAGAAGAUAGCUGCCAUUGCCGAGAAGCUGGACCUGAAGAAGAAUGUGGUACGAGUCUGGUUCUGUAAUCAGAGACAAAAACAAAAACGUAUAGUUAGCAGCGUUACACCCUCGAUGACUGGACACGGAUCGGCGGGGUUUGGUUACUGAUAGCCGAUGUUCCCUGGAGACCACUACAUGUAGAUUUCCUCCCUCACACAUUAGCCGCUCGGCGACCGCUAACCCCAAAAGACAAGGAUGUGAGCACCCCCGAUCCCAAGAUGACCAUGGAGAUGACCAACACCAGCGAGCGUGCACUUAUUAUUUACAUCGAUCUAAAUCAUGGAUUCACCCUCAAUAUGCCAACAAUCAAAUGCGAUUAUUUAUGGAACGAUCAAUGCAAACAAUGGACCAACAUAUCAAAUGCAAUAACAUUACAAGUAAAGGUAAGAACUUACA